AUGGCAUAUUUCGCAUCGUUUUGGAAAGCAAGGAUCAUAGAAAAGCACCGCCGCGAAUAUGAAAACGAGAAAAUAAAUUCCAUAUUUCAAUCAAAUACAAAAGUCCCUAAAGAUUCCGGACUUAAAUGGCGAAUAUAUGGCUACGAUACAAAACGAAAAAUGUCUGGCCAGUUUAAAAAAAUGUUUCCAGACGGUUCGAAGAUAUCAAACAUGUUGUUGUAUUUGAGAACAGAUCAAACGUUUCCUAAUUUCCUAUUGAAGAGUUUAAUAGGUUUCCUUGCCGGGAUCUUGCUCACAUAUCUUGGCUUCAUGUUCUUUGUGUUCCAAUUGUCAAUAUCGCUAGUACAUGCUACCAUAAUGAGUUCUAUUAUUGGCGUCUUACUCACAUUGGGACUGGCUUUCAGCUAUAGAAUUAGGUGUUUAGUAUUUCUUUUAAUUCCUCAAUUCUUCUCGCGUAUCGGAAGGUACACCCUCACAUGCUACGCUUUGAUACUUAUCCUGACAGGACCAGCCACUAAUACACUGAGGAAUUCAGAAGUAUUAACCGAAUCUAUGGCUUGCAGUCAGGAGCAAAUAAAAAGCAACGUGCGACAGCUAACUGAUUCCGCGAAAAGUCCAUUUAACGCGAUCAAGGACAGCGUUCACGUAAUGUUGGGUAAAAUCAACCAGGUCAACGCUAGAUUGGACGGCGUUGUGAAGAAAAUUCAAGGAUUGGUGAUUAGCAUCGCUGACAUCAUCCAAUCAUCAUACAACUGGUUAAAUAAAACAGUCAAUACUUGCAAUCGAAAACUAGGAACGCCGUAUCAACAUUGUAUGCAUGUCUUAGCUAAAGGUAUACCGAAUUGCAUAUCUACACUGGGACCAAAGCUGUCUUGGUUAUGUAAUGUGACCACAGUGGAAUCGGCAUGCGAAAUUGUUAGGACAUAUAGAGAAUUGUGUAUGUUGGAUGAAUUCGCUAAAGGAUCAUUUGCUGCUACAAUAAAAAGAAAAUUACGAGAGUUUACCAAUCGGGUGAAGAAAAUGUUCCAUGCCAGCAUGCAAGUGCAUCACCGGUUCACAGUUAGCGGCAACGCGAGUCAGUCCGCCAGUCAGGUAGCGGCCGGUAUCAUCACCGAGAUUCGGAACCGAGCUGAUCCGCUGCUGACUUGGCUGUCUUGGAGUUCUUGUGCGACUAGCUUGUUCUUGCUGCUUAUUAUUUUUAGGGCCAAAUAUUACCAGCACAUGUACGAAACUAGAUCCAGAUUUGAUAAUUGCUACGUAACAAAGGAGCUGUAUGAGCUGGAUUGGAAAAGGUUCCAAGAAGGAAGGGACACUAUUCUACCCUUAAACAGGAGAGAGAAAGCGAAGUAUAUUCCUACAACGUCAUUUCGUUUAGUGGCUACGGAAAAAGUUUUUCUAUCGCGUUCAGCUGUGGUCAUGGCCAUCACAACGUUCAAGUUGAUGAUACACAUGGUGGCAGACUAUAGUUUAUACUGGGUGCUGAUGACGAUACGUUAUCACGGACGGUUCCAGACUUUGAUUCCGCCGGGUCCUCCCGAUGGUGGCGUCAAAGUUACGGGCACAGGAUUCGGAGCAGACUUGUUAAGAUCUAUUUUUCAUAUACUGACGGUACCAUUGCAUGUGCCAGCGUCCUCUCCCAUAUCGUGCUUACCGAAUCCACAUCCACCUGAUUUUCAACGGUAUACUCAGAUUGGUAUACUUAUAAUACUGUUAUGGUUAUUUGCGUUAUUCGAACCGUAUGGCCUGCGACUGCGCCACGUGAUCAUGGGACACUAUCGUCCAGAGCGCGCGAAGGCUCGUGCUACUUGGCUAUAUAACCAUAUCUUGAGAACUAGAGGCAGUUUUAUGAAGUUAGCGAGAAGGAAACUUCAUCGCGAAUAUAAAUACAGCGGCGAGGAAAAUCUCACAUUUCGACACUGGGUGGAUUCUCAUAUACCGUGUAACUUUUUGCGUCGUUUAUUGGGAACAUUGCCUAAGGAACCGCAUUGCCUUCUUUGUGAUACUAUUGAUCUAUUAAAAGAUCCUGACACGAGAUUAAUCAGAUGUGAAACAUCAUCUUGUCCAGGAAUAUUCUGUAGGUGUUGUUUCACUGAUAUCGGUGAAAUGUGUACUAUUUGCAUGUCUCCAGCAGAUUACGGAGACCUAAGUGACAUCAGUUUGGAAAAAGGAUCCACCGACGAUGACAGCGAUUAUGAUAUCAAUGAGUACAAGGCAGAUUCAAUAAUUAUGUUUGAAAAAAAACGUGCUCGUAAAAACCAUACGGAGUAUAUGUGUAAGAGAAAUAGGCACCGAAAAUUAAAUUCUGCUACAAAAAUGGUGAACCCUUAUAAAUUGACAAUUAAUUCUACUGAUGCAACUAUUUGCUAUACGAGAUCAGAUAAUGAACUAAGUGCCACAGAAGAAAACGGAAUAAACGAUAUUUAUAACAAAACACCUUCUGAUAAAAAACAUAAUCCUAAUAAGGGUAAAUUAAAAAAUACACCAACUGAAGGUAUGCCCAAAGCUGACUCAAAAAAACGUAAUCGUGCUAAAACAGCUUUUAUCGCCUUUUCAACUUGUUUUUGUCUUAAAAAUAAAAUGACGUCAAGUGAAAGAAAGUUGAAUGAUAUGAAAAAACUCGAUCGUUCCUUUCAGAAACAGAAAAAUGAUUUUAAACGAAGAAAAAAGAAAGAAAAAAUUGUGAUGAAGUCAGAUGAAACUCUUAAAAUAAAAGCAGACAAUGAAAACGCUAGGAAUUAUAGGAUAACCGCUUAUUUACAAGAUCAAUGUUGGAAUAAAGGAAGCUGUAGAAAUAAGGAAUCAUUGGAAUUGUUGACAAAGGAAUGUGCUCUAGAUGACUUGGCAAAUCUGAGGAUUGCAGCGGCGAGGAAUAAAGCCAAAGAAGCAGAAAUACUGAAGGUCCUCGCAAAAAAAGAUUCUCAUAACAAUAUAAAGAAAUGUAAUUGUCCCCAAAAUUCCUGUAUAUGUUUACCCAAUCAAGGGACGUGUCACAACAAGUGUAAUAAACCAGUGAAAAUACAAAGGAGUUUCUUCAAAUGCCAAAAAGAUAAUAUAUUUCAUCAAAAGUGUAAACCAAAGGAUGUUUGCUGCAAAUAUGUUCGUCAUGCAACAGAUAAUGACCAAGCUGCAUCGACAACCUUCCCAGAAGUACAGAGCAAUUUGAUUCAAGUGCACGAUUUUGAUGCUGGAAAAUUUUGUAAUAAAGCCACAGAUCCGCACAAAAGGCAUGGUUUUUAUUGCUGUGCUGGAAAGGAAUUCGGCAAAAUCGGUGACAGUUUGAAGUUGUACAAUUUCAUAAACGAGACGAAGAUUUGUGAAGAUCAGUUUGGAUCUUUUAAGUAUCUUCCAGUGAAUUAUGAAGUAUCUUCAGUGCAGAAGAAUAAGACGGGAAAGCCAUUCGAGAAAAUACCGGCGAUAAAAACAAUGAAGAUAAAAGAUAUUAAAUUAAUCAAAAAUCCUGCACCAAUGAUAAAAAACCUCUAUAAAGGUUUAACGAAAUCUCGCAAAAAUCCCAACGGCGUACAAUAUGCAAAAGACACUAUUUUCAAUAAAGAACUACUCACCUCUAAUAAAACCCCACAUCGCGACACAAAGGAACAGGAAGUUUCUUCUGAUUACACGACGUCCAUGAAUGAUGAAAGCUCUAGCACAUCUAAUGUAUUCAGUCACAGCGAUGACACAAAAACAGACACCACUAUUUGCAGUCGAGUUGCUGUCAAUUUAAUUGAAGAGACACCAGUUAGAGCUAAGAUAAAUAGACACGUUAAGAAAAUUAAAGUCAACGUAACGACCAAAACGAAUCAAGGCACAACGACAGAUUUCGCCAAGUUUCGUGAUGUCAGUACAAUAACCGAUGAUUGGUGGAGUCCCAUAGUAGAAAGGAAAACUAUCAAACGCAUGAAGUAUGAACCGGCCAAUAAGUACAAAUUAACCCAGGACAAAUGCAUAUCUACGGAUAGACAUCGAAUUGUUAAAUUUUUGAGUCGCGCGCAGAUCAUACCGAGAGAAGAUAUUCUGUCUCCUUCGCGGUAUCUGUUAGAGUCCCAAAAAUACUACAAUGAGUUAUUCACUUCGAAACUGUUUGCACCACAUUUAUUUCCUGUUCUUGUAACAAAGAAGGAAAAGGAUAAAGCUUUACUGAAGAGUCGUUACAAUAAUCUUCGUAAAAACAGAAAAACUAAACGACUAGAAGACUGCAGUUCACCGCGUUUAAAGGUUUAUACUUUUUAA